CAGCCGUUUGUUUUGCGGUGGUGUUGAGGGGGCGGCUGACGGACAGGCCUCCGCUUCUGAACCCUUCCCGGAGCUGACCCCUAUCAUACUGCAUUAACUUGCUGGUUACUAUGAAGAUGUUCUAAUUGUCUUGUCUGCCUUCUGACAUGCAAAAACAUUGUGCUAGGAACACAAAAUAAAUGAUCUAAGUGCUUUGAACUUCCUUGGUUAGCUUUUCAAAGGCUACUGUGAAAGAAGUGCCACUAGGACAACCUUUAUGAUAUAUUUUUUGAGCAUCUAGAAUACUAUAGAAAAAAAGAUCAAGAAACCAUAUACAGUACUGUCCAAGGAGAACAAUGUACUAAAGUGCCUUUAUUGGAAAAGAAGCAAGAGUUUUAAUUUGUCUUCAAAAGGAGGAUGAAUAGUGAGGAAGAGUUUUAUGAUGCUGUUACAGGGUUUGAAUCAGAUGAUUCUGAAACUAGAAUGGGUCCAAUGGUGUCAGGUGAUUCAUUGAGUUUUUGCAGCAAAAGUGGAAGCAGUACAUCUGAACAGAAUGUUCACAACCGAGAACCGACACAAGAAAAUGGAAUUAAAAAACAUAGAACUGCUUUACCAGCUCCAAUGUUUAGUAGAAAUCAAUUGAGUUUGUGGAGCAUUUUAAAGAAGUGCAUUGGAUUGGAGUUGUCAAAAAUUACUAUGCCCAUUAUAUUCAAUGAGCCUUUGAGCUUUCUGCAACGAAUUACAGAAUACAUGGAGCACACGUACCUCAUUCACAAGGCUUCUAUGCUUUCUGAUUCGAUAGAGAGAUUGCAGACUGUCGCUGCAUUUGCAGUUUCUGCAGUAGCGUCUCAGUGGGAAAGGACUGGAAAGCCAUUCAACCCACUACUUGGUGAAACCUAUGAACUUAGGAGGGAUGACCUCGGUUUUAGGCUUAUAUCCGAACAGGUUAGCCAUCAUCCACCAAUCAGUGCAUUUUAUUCAGAAGGUAUUAAUCAGGAUUUUGUUUUCCAUGGUUCUAUCUAUCCAAAGCUUAAAUUUUGGGGAAAGAGCGUAGAAGCAGAACCACGAGGAACGAUCACACUAGAACUUAAUAAGCACAAUGAGGCCUAUAGUUGGACAAAUCCUUCAUGUUGUGUACAUAAUGUUAUAAUUGGCAAACUAUGGAUAGAACAAUAUGGAACGGUAGAAAUCAUGAAUCACAGUACUGGUGAAAAAUGUUGGCUGCAUUUUAAACCAUGUGGACUUUUUGGAAAAGAACUGCACAGAGUUGAAGGAUACAUUCAGGACAAAAGUAAAAGGAAGGUGUGUGUGAUAUAUGGCAAAUGGACUGAAUGUCUGUGGUGUGUGGACACUAACACAUAUGAGACCUACAAGAAAAACGAUAAGAAGGGUGGAGAACAAAAGAAAUUUAAGGAGCUAGAAGAUGAUGUACGAGCCGAAAAUGACGAAGCUGAUGACAUGCCUGAAAUUCAGGAAACUGUACAAGUUAUUCCUGGAAGCAAACUACUCUGGAGGAUAGCAGCAAGGCCUUCACACUCUUCUCAGAUGUAUAAUUUCACUAACUUUGCAAUGAUGCUGAAUGAACUGGAUGAAGAAAUGAAGAGUGUUUUAGCUCCAACAGAUUGUCGUUUUCGACCAGAUAUCCGAGCUAUGGAAAAUGGCAAUAUGGAUUUUGCUGGUGCAGAGAAAGAAAGGUUAGAAGAAAAACAACGGGCUGCUCGUAAAGACAGAUCCAAAAAUGAAGAGGAAUGGAGAACCAGAUGGUUCCGACAGGAAAUCAAUCAGCACACACGAACAACAGACUGGAUUUAUACAGGGAAGUACUGGGAAAGAAAUUAUGAAGAUUGCCCUGAUAUUUACUGAGGAUUUUUGUUCUCAAAAGUAUCAUUGAAUGUCGAUCAAAUGACUUUAACAUUUCUACUACUUCUAAAUCUUCUACCCUGGUUUUGCCUGUUUUGCUUUUAUUUUGUUUAACUUACACUGAUAUCAGUCCCAGAAUCUCUGUAACUAUAAUGUUUAUGUGCAAUAACCGAAAAGAGGUUCUGGAAAAUUUCUCCCGGCUAUUCAUAUAUAAAUAAUACAAUAGUUGAAUUGUUUUGCUAGCAUUUCUAAUCUGACAUAAUUGGGUGCAACUUCUGAGAUUCGAGGAUUACAGUAGAAAUGCUUAAUUGAGCCUCAUCUGCCCCUCCCACACCCCCACUCCCCCAGAUGGCUAAUUGAAUUUUUCCACUGUGUAACUGAGCCAUGAAGAUCGGUGGGGGGUGGUGGGGUCCAGAUUUGAUCCCUAAGCUAGCUAAUUUCAGCUGGGUAUGGCACUAUAAAGGGUAGUUUCUUCCCUGGGUUAGGUAGAGAUAAGCUGCCAAGGGGUGGUAGGGAUAGCGUGCCGAGGGGAUCACACCCCUGAUGCUAUCGAGUGGCUGUUGUUGGUUGAAAUAUGCAUGUGUGAGCGAUGGAUGAGGAUAAAAUUGGAUGCAAAUAUGAAGCUGCUUUUGGUGAAAUAACCUGCAGACAGUCACUACAAAGGCUCACAGUGAGUAAUGGCGACUUGGAUGAAGUACCGGAGACCAGCUGGUGCCCAUGGAACGACAUCGAAGGGUGUCUUCACGAGAGAAAUGAGGGAAACUUGGCAAGAUAAAAGAAGUAGGCUUUUUUUUAAAAAAGAUGCUUUGGUGGUUAUGACUUGAAAACUAGGUACUUGCGUUUUAAAUGCUUAAUCAAAAUAAAUCAGUAUACGUUGGUCAGAAUAAAGGUUACAAUUCCACUAGAAUGGUGUAUAAACAUUAACUUUGUAUUGCUUUUUCCUUCAUUUGUUUCCCAAGAAGUAGAAUUUCACAUCAGUGCAGAAGUGUUGAUCUGUACAUGAAAUGAUUGCAAUUUAAUGAAGAUUUUAAUAAAUGUGUUGGGAUUGGGAAAAGGAAUCGGCUCAAAAAAGAGCUGCAUAAAUGGGUUCCCAGUAACCAGACUAUUGUACUGAAGCUUAUUAGAUGCUUUCCAUUAACCUAUAAAUUGGUGAAGGCUGUUAAGCAGCCCGACAACCUAAACAGUUCAGUGGUGUUGCACACCUUAAUGUCAAAAAAUCUUUCAUGAAAGAGCCCUUUUGUUGAUUUUAUUUUUGCUGUGAAUAUGAAUAAAUUUUCUCACUUCAGAUUUAGUGUUGCUUCUUUGAAAUUUAGACUUUUAAUCCAUGUGUUCCUUACCUGAAGUAUUGCUCUCAGGAUGAAUGCAUUUUUUGGCUGCCUAGAACAGAAUUUCAUGUAAUGAACUUCUGUUUUUAGUAAUAGUAUAUCUUUGGCAAUCUGUCAGCACAUCAGUGGGGGAAAGGUUUUUUUUACAAGUCUUAAAAGUUUUUAGAUUUUAAAGAGUACAAAUGUCAGUAGCCCAGUAUCUUUAUCCAUUCCCUUUUAUUUCACUCCCUGACAAUAUCCUCCCUCUCUGUGAGAGUGGCCAUUUGUUUUAUCAAUAGCUGUUUUGCAGUAAUACACUCUAAUGCAUGUUUUGAAUGUCCCCAGAUAUGUACUGCUAUGAAAAUGUAACAAUGCUAGGAGCUGCUUGCAUCAUUGUUUACGUGAAGGUUUGCAAAUUGAGAAACAAAAAAUUUGUACCUAUGUAUAUUUUAUUGCCAAAGUGAUCUUUAUUUGUGUGCUUGUGUGUAGAUGUUCUGAAGCCAUAAUGUUAAAAUGUUAUUUCAACUUGAAUUCACAGAUAUAAUUUUGUGGAAUAGGGAAUCAAAUUGUACAAAGAUAAAAUAUACUUUCACUGGGCUUGAAAUUAUGGGAAUCUUUGCUAAUAAGUUAGUGAAUUGUGCUUACAGUUGAUUGUUGUGAAUCAAUAAGCAGGCUAGAAAUUAAAGAACAGCAGUAGCAACCUCAAAGAUGAGGGAACUGUUGUCUGUUCUCCUGUAAAUCACACUCAACUGUCAUUUUUGAGUUACAGGGAUCAAUUUUCAACUUCCCUUUGUUCAGCCCCUCCAAAAAUUGAUGUUUUUCUGUUCACAUUGGGGAGAAAAAAUCUGAAGCAUUACAUAUUCUCAGAUAUGAUCAGACAUUUAUAAACUAUUUUGAGAACCAGGAAAUACUAAAGUUUUAGCUUCCUGAGAGGAGUACUGAAGUACUCAAGGCAUGGUAAAGUACGACUUUAUAGAAACAAGUCUUUGGACACAACUGUCUGGGGAGAUAUGCAUGCAGAAACAUGCACAGUUAGAUCUAAGCACCAACCUAAGAUGUCAUGGGUGUAAUUAAUCAAUUCUCGAUGCUAUUUGUGUUCUCCAAAUUGUAAAAGAAAUUUCUAGCCAGUUAAUUUGGUGUUGUACUCUAUUGUUCUGUUGUUUGGAUUGAGGUGUACUGAAGUAAAUUGGUCCAGCUGCUGAUAUAUUUUCAGCAGUCUUCUGUAUUCACUUGUAUUGUGCUGAAUAACUUAAUGACAUUCUACAUGUUUAACUGGUAAUAUUUUAACAGCUAGCAUUGCAACUUUUACUUUCCAUAGCACCAUUAGCAAAAACUAUGCAAACGUCAGAUGUAUACUGCUUCCAAAACAAAUCACAGCAGUACAUAUUAACACACUAUUUUUAGUGUCCCAAGGAUUUUCUUAACCUGUAUUUUUUUUUCUCCAGUGCUAAGAUUGCAAUGCACGAAACAUAGACGUUUAUGCAGAUCACAUAGAAUUUUGGUAGUGAAGUGAAAUGUGUCAUUAUAUGACAAGUGAGAAAUGAGAAUACAGAGCUUGCUAUCUGUUAAAUUGGGAUUUGGAAAGAAAACAGUGAUAUUUUUAAAGAGACCCUAUUUAUUUUUGCUAUUAUAUGGGCUGAAGUUUAAAACUACCAAAUGUAUAAUAUCGACUGUUUUAUGGUCCCUUAAAUACUUCCAAUAAUUUUGGCUAAACCUUUUUAACUAUUGCAGAAAUUGGUCUUCUGUAUUUGUGGUACAGAUGUAAAAGCUAGAAUAUAACUUGAUGAGGCAUUUUAUGGUACUAAAGGUUUAAAAGAUAUAAAGUGGUAGAGUAGAUUUAAUUUUUGGUAGUUAUUAACUACAGUCUAAUUACAAAUGGUUCUUAAAAGGGAUAUUGUCUCUUUUCAAAUUAAUCUUGUAAACUUGUCCAGUUUUUACUUUUUAUCCAAUUUGGUAUGUGACUUAUUCCAAAGCCGUCACAACCUGAAUUAUGUUCAUAAUUAUUUUUUUGUAUGGUGUAAUGACAUUUAAUAAAACACUAUUUCAAGUUAAACAAUCUGACCCAUUUUCCAUGCUCCAUAAAAUUGAUAAACUUCCAAAUUAUAAAUACAUGUAAAUUGUUGUAGUCUCUAUAUGGUAUUACUUGAAACAAAAUAAUGUCAUUUUAACUCACUUGACUGGGGAUAAUUUGAGCUGUUUGUGACAAAAAAUGUAAUUCUUUUUUGCUUUCUAGUUUACAACCAAAUAAUCUCAUACACUAUAAUUUGUAUUCAAUAUUGAGCUAUGAAAAGCCAACUGAUUUUGCCUUCCUGGAUAGCUGCUUGGUUGAAUUGUUAAAGAGUUGUUUCUUUGCCUUACUAAAUGUUGCAUGAAGAGUUCAGUUCAUAAAACACAAACACUUAUGUAAAAUUGACUUAUUUUUAUAAUAUUUAAAUGUCAAGGCCCAUUAAUGAAGCUUCAAAUCAGUUGUAAUAUUUUUUUCAGAAGAGUCUGCAUAAUUCUAAAUUAAUGUCUGUUAAGUCAAAAUGUAUAAAUAUUUACUUAAAAAUAAAACUUUUUUUGAAAUGUG